AUGCAGGCGUCGCUCGUCAAAAGCGGCAUUCGAUACCGACAAUUGAUUGAGGUUUUGCUGGAUAGUAAGGAAAUGGGCAUUGUCCCUAGCCAGGAGAUGUGCUCAAAGAUAUCACUUUCGUUCGUGACUCUUGGCGACUACUCGGGGCAGCUUGCCUGGGAUACUGCAGUGCAGGAGAUUUACCCUGGAUUCAAGCCCGCCAUUCCUGAAGAGAAGCAUUACCAGCAGCAGCAGCGCCAAAGUCCCAACAACAACCGUCGCAGCAACAAUGGCGGCAACUUCAACAAAUCCCACAACCCCAGUGCUCAGAUUGCGCUUCGCCACGGGGAUCCCUCUGAGGCUAUUAUCCGUGCGUGUCGAUUUGGAUACGCUGCUGUCGCACUGGAGGAGAUUUCCAAGAUGGUCAGCAGGAACCAGCUUCCAUCUCCCCAGGCGUUUGCAGACACGAUCCAGGUCUGUGCCAAGAGAGAGAAGGAGAGGACCACCAACUACCAGGAGCUUUACCAACUUGCCAUGCACUCGGUCGAGGCCAUCCAAGAUAUGACUCAUCGCAGAGCAGCCGAGUACGAAGUCUACAAUGCCAUGUUGGUGGCAAAUGCAACUCUGGGCGACAUGGCCGCAGCCAAGAGGAACUACGACGACAUCGUCAACCUUGGUCAAUUCCCGGAUGCGACAGGAUAUGCGACCCUGCUGAUUGCGACGACCACUGGAGCGAUUGAUGAGGCACAUGAUGCUCUCAGGAUCCUGGAGGAGGUCAAGCGGCAUAACAUCAAGCCCAAUAUCUUUUUCUAUAACGUCGUAAUCGGAAAGCUGUCUCGUGGACGCAAGAUCGAACGCGUCCUGGAGGUCUAUGAGGACAUGAUCAUGCAGAGCAUUCGACCGAACGCCAUCACUUACGGUACACUUAUCAGCGCUUGCACUCGAGUCGGAAGCGAGGACAUGGCCCGUAACCUAUUCAAGGAGAUGACCAACAGCCCCAACUACCAUCCACGUCAAGGGCCUCACAACGCCAUGAUCCAGUUUUACGUUCGCCAAAAGAAGGAUCGAAAUGCAGCAUUGGAGUACUACCAGGACAUGCUGCAGCGAAAACUGGCGCCAACUGAACACACAUACACGUUGCUGAUCGAAGCCUUUGCCUGCAUUGCACCCUACGACCUGACGGAGGCGAACCGCUUAAUCCAGUCGUUGAAGCGUGGACCAGUUCGAGCGACCGAAGCCCACUAUGGAGCGCUUAUUCAUGCGUACGGCGUUGAGCAUCGGGAUGUGUCCACAGCGGAGGUCGUGUUUGAUAAUAUGCUGAAGGUGGGUAUCACCCCUAAGGGACCUGCAUAUCAGUCAAUGAUCGAGAGCUAUAUUACGGACAGGAACCUCCGCCGGGCUAUCGAGGUGCGGAACGAACUUUUGGCGUCUGGACAGCCCUCGAGUACGUACAUUGAAAACACAAUGAUCCGCGGGUUUGGUCAGGCCGAGGACCUUGCUGCGGCGGAAGGCGUGUUCAAUGCGAUGACGGAUCCUCAUUUGCCCAAGGUGCCGGGUUCGAUUGUCAAGGAACCUUCGACGUAUCACAGCAUGGUGACGGCGUAUCUGGAGAACAGUAUGUUGGACAAAGCGUAUGACACACUGGCCAUGAUGAGAGGUCAGCAGUACCCGGAGCUGGUGAUUAAGCCUGUGGAGGAAGCUAUUCAUGCUGCCAGCACGGAUCUGACCCACAUCAUAAACCACCACGUCUACGGGGCUGAGUACCUUCAUCUUUCUUAA